UCGGUGGUACAUAUGAUCACUGCUGCGACUCCUUCAACAUCCAGCAGUGCCUGAUAGUGCUAAACGAGUGUAACAGAAGGGACCAGUGCAUGUUUUCUUUCCUUCUUUCCUUGUUCGAUAUGUUGAAAGCAAGUAGAUCCAUGUAAUACCUGGCGGAACACGGGACACAAUGUUUUAAACUUGGCCGCGGUACUGCCAGCGAGAUGUAUUCCCGUGUGUGCUUCAGGGCUUUCCUCGUCGCUCAUCUUCUACAGGCGCUGGUUCAAGGUCAAGACGUGAACGAUGCGGCAGUAGGAGCGGCAGGAGCUGGUGGGGACGGGUGCCAAGAUCUGAGCCCGUUCUGCCCAAGAUGGAGUGAAGCGGGCGAGUGUGACAGCAACCCAGCAUAUAUGUUAGUCAACUGUCCCGUCACCUGCGACUCCUGCCUUCCUCAGAGGGAUGAGGAGUGCACGGAUCGCGGCAACGUGGAUUCGUGCCAACUAUCCGCCGUGCUAGGCCUGUGCGAGAUUAACUUUUCAUAUAACCUCCGCUUCUGCGCUGGGUCCUGCAGUCGCUUCAUCGAGAGGUGCCGCGACGUAGGAACAAGAGACCCGGCGAGCUGCACUGAGCCACGCACGAUCGUUAACCCAUCCUAUGAAUGCGGAGUGGCUCCUCAGCUGUCUCGGAGCAACAACAUCGCUAACAGCAUCACAAGCAGCAGCACAUCCCCGCAGACUCAAGAAGCUCAGAAGCGCAGGUCCAGGAGGUCCUCGCGGAGACUCACCAUCAUCCUCCCGCGGGACAAACAGGCGCCUUGGAUUGAAAAAGAAUCUAGCGUCAAUAACAAGAGAGCUCCGAGACAGAGCGACGGUGAUGGGACGACCACCGAUGAUAGUUGUGAUUGUGAAUCAUACUGUGAAUGUUUUUGUGCUUCAAUCACGCUUCCGACAACACAAUCACCAACAACGACGGAACCUGAGACCACUAUUCAACCUGAAAUACCUACUGAACCUGGUAACCCUACUGAACCUGGUAACCCUACUGAUCCCAUGGCCCGGUUUGAAUAUCGUCCGAAACCAUCGAAGCAAAAGUCUAACGCCUUUCCGUUUAGAAGAAACGGAAAAAGAAGAAAGAGGAGAAUAUAUGAUAGCUUGGACAACUCCACGUGCGUUAACGAAUUCGACUGCGAAGAGCUAUGCGAGUGUCGGUGUACCACAGAGCCCCCUUCCACCACCACCAGUCCUCCUGAAAUUUUUCCUGUCAUCAUACCAGAAAUAGUCAACGUCACAAUACCUGAGGUUCCAGAGGUGGGGCCGCCCAUCCUCGCAGUGCUUCUACUCACUGCUGUCUACACCGCAGUAUCGGUAGGAGUUGGAGUUGGAGUUGGAGUCGGAGUACCAGCUGCACAACCACCUCCCCCACCACCGCCACAGUCACCACCGCCACCGCCACCGCCACCUCCACCUCCACCUCCACCUCCACCUCCACCUCCACCUCCACCUCCUCCUCCCCCUCCCCCUUCUCCCAGCUUGUCCCAGAGGGCUGCAAGGGCUCUUGUGCCGAACUGCAGGUCAGACGGUUAUGCCAGUUUAGUGCAGCGUCUUUUGACCACCGUGCGAGUGAACAGCGGCCGCCCACUGGACACAGAGGUGUUCAAUCUGGUGGAGGCGAUCAUCUUUUGUCAGCACGGGACUGGCAUCCAGCCCCCGCCCCUAGCGGCACCGAUCUAUAUGCCCGGAGGACCUGCAGAGCUGUCCCUGCCUCCCACCUGGCCCGGCGUGAGCCACCCGGCGCUGUUCGUCCACUCAAACAACACGGAGGACAUCAUGAAGGGCCUGAUCGAAACUGUAACCGCUGCUCCACCCGUGACGCCACCUGAUUCUGAUGUCCCUACCACUCCGUCCGAGACGCCCCCUACCACUCUCCCCGACAACCCCCCCGAAGGUGAUACUCCUGCUGCUCCAACUGAGGCGCCCCCUGAUGGUGAUACCCCCGCCACUCUACCUGGAGCGACCCGUGAUGAAACGGAUGUAACAGAUCCAACUUCAGAUCGGGACAACGCUGUGAACGUGGCCGCCAUAGGUAUAGGUGUGGAAACUGGUGAUGGACCGGUGCCAGUGGUGGAUGGUGACGACCGUGACAAAUUUUUCUGUGGAGGGUCCAUCAUCACACCGCAGCACAUCCUGACAGCUGCUCAUUGCGUCGUGAACAAAAGGCCUGAGGUGAUCAGACUGGGCGAGGAAGACUUCACCCGCGCCACAGAGAGCCUAGCCUAUGAUUACCCAGUGGGUCGUGUCAUCCUUCACCCAGACUACAACAUCAUUAGCAAGUACAACGAUAUAGCCCUGAUUGAAUUGAAGGACGAUGUGAGAGCGACGUCAUUGCUGAGACCUUACUGCGUGCCGCCCUCAGUAGUGGACCUGACUGGUCAAACCUGCAAGGUCGCUGGUUGGGGCACUCGUCCCAAUCAACAAGCUUCGUCGCUACUCAUCAACUUGGAGGUCACGGUGAGAAGCCUAGAGGAAUGUAACAAUCUCUACUCUGCCGCUGGAGAAAUAUUCACGAUCUCUUACCCACAAGGCUUGGACGACACCAUCCUCUGCGCCAACGGAGAAAAUGGGAACGACGUGUGUCGGGGAGACUCGGGUGGACCUCUGACAAGGACAGCAGCAGAUAGAAGAGAUCAGCAAGUGGGUGUGGUGAGCGCCGGCUACGGCUGUGGAGACCCACUCUUCCCUGGCCUCUACACUCGCACUGAUGCCUUCACAAGCUGGAUGGAUAACGCCAUCAAUGGUCCUUGCACUCCAGACAAAUUUGAAGCUUCAUAAAGAGAUGUAGCGGAGGAUGUAGCGACAAACACAGGUAGAAACCAGUAUUUCAACAAGGAGAAGGAUUUCACAACAUCAGGAACGUCUUUGCUUAAAUGCAACGCAGUUUCUAAACCUUCCAUGUAUGUCUUGCAGAUGUGAGACGACUGAUGGUGCGAUGAAGAGGUUGGCUAGAUUAGAGUUGUGUACCAAAGGAAGCAGAUGUCCUUGACUGUCGAGAGUCUAGACAAUACCAUCACGAGCAAUACUGUCAAGCUGUGUGACAUCGUGGUGCGCGAGCGUCUUUAAUAGUGAUUUACAGAAUGCUGGGAGCAAAUACGUGGGCAGACAAGUCAGGCCUUGGCUCAUCAAGUAUUUAAUUAAAUCUAGUGAUUUUAAGAAAAAAAUAUUUGCAACUUUCGUCAGUUAUUUCAAUUACUAAUGCAAGAUUACAAGACGCCGGAUAUUUUUAUGCUGGUAUACAGGUGAGGCAUGAGUCAUCCCAGUUAAAACUAUUAUAUAUACUGUCAAUGACCUUAUCAAACUACUGAAAAGAAAACAGCGAGCAGGACACUUUCUGAUCUUGUCUGCACUCUGAGGAGAUGAGAGACAACACUCCCUCCUCAGCCACCGGCCAGUCAAAACAAUAAUGCUGAACGAAAACCUCACAUGUGUGUGUAAGAUGGCAGUGAUAAUCAUGCAUCGUGGUGGUGAGUGAGGUAAGGGCGUCGCGGUGCCGCCAGAACACACUUCAUCAACAAAAGUUCUAUCUUAAAUUCCUACACAUGCACAAGAAGAUGCGUGACAAAUUAAAGUUCAUAUGUUUUGUUCUGCUAAUCAGAACAACUAGAUAUGCCAUUUAACGAAACAUUUUUGCGACAGCUUUAAUGUUACUCAAACUUUAAGAAUGAGAGUCACGCCUUAACUUAUCAGAGCAUUGUGUUUUAAUACAGCCUUAGUUAAUAAUCAGGGUAAAACAAAAAUCAGAAUCAGCAAUCAGGAAAAUUGGUUGUUGUAGAACCUAACCUGCUAAUUAAUAUAAAGGCACAUUUUAUACAUCCGAAUUUUCCCCUUGAAAGAUAUUCGUAGAGUGGAGUCCUUCCACACAGGAGCCUUUUCUGAUAUGCUUCUGAGCCGUACCACGACAACCUUCGUGUAAGGUUCUACUUGAAGUUGCACAGGAUUUCAUGGAUAUUUUCACGAUUCUAGACAGAUUAUCAAGAUUUCAAUAAUUUUUAAUAGGAAAAAAUUUUGAAAAGUUGUUAUCUUUGUGCUCUUUGACAGUCGUGAUGAGCGCUUCAGAAUACUGCCUCUGAGAACAAAAUAAGGAAAGCUGCGAGAUGUUAUGAGGCUAGCACUGUCAGUCCCCGCAUGAAACACACCUACUUUCAUCUUCCAUUCUCAUCUAUAAAUCCAUCUAAUCUCUUAAAACUUUCUAAUGAUUCAGCACUGACAGACUGAUCACUGAGUAUAUUCUAUUCAUCUACCAUUAUUUCUAGAUGUUCAAGUGUCAUCGAUGAUCUGCUUUGCCUCAACUGGAAGCAUAAUAAACAGACUUUUCAAUUCUUACCUGAACGUGCGUGUAUAUACAAGACAAAGAAGAACUGUUAUGAAAGCUGGAGAAUCUAAAUUAACCGGCUCCAUGUUACUAGCCAUGAGCUGCUCUUGGAAACGGGCAGACAGAAGAGGUGAAACACAGAAAGGAUUGCUACAGCGCACCGUAAUACAGAGAAAACUAUUGUGGUGGAUUUGUCACUUUUCGUCUCGAUCUAUGUAAUUAAGAGCAUUUAGUCUGUCUAGCUGACGAAUCAGGCACAAAAUUAAUCCAUUUAACACUGAAUGAUGCAGAAGGUGUACAUAAGAAAAUCCAAAGUCUGCAGUAAAGAGCUACAAAGAGAGAGAGAGAGAGAGAGAGAGAGAGAGAGAGAGAGAGAGAGAGAGAGAGAGAGAGAGAGAGAGAGAGAGAGAGAGAGAGAGAGAGAGAGAGAGAGAGAGAGAGUAUUCUUACAAGUGGCACAGUUAAUGAAGGUUCUCUAGGUUUUUGUGUCUGGCAGCAGUAAUACGAUCGGCGGUAAAAAUUCAAAUAUACGUUCCCCUCAGCUCAUGCCCGCAGCAAUUUCAAAAGGACGUAUGAAAUGAGUAAAGAAAAAAAGGAAGAUCACCAAUACCACCACUGCAACCACCAACACAACAUAACAACAACAGCUACUAUCACUACUAUUACUACUACUACUACCACUACUACUACUACUACUCAUCACCACCACCAGCAUUACCACUACUAUUACUACUGCUACUACUACCACCGCCAGAAUCAACACUGUUCUACGUAAUAUUGCAUUAAUGAAUACUUUACAUCAUCAGCACGUCAAGUUUGUUCGUUCACAGUUUCUCUCUCUUCAUAUUCGUGUGUUGUUUCUUUCUCGAGUCUGUUACGUGAUAUUUUUGUUGUUACUAUUAAAUGUGUAUGGCUUGAAGCUUACUGGAGUGAAAUAUGAAGCAUGAAUGUUUCUACCAGUAGUGUCUUGUGCUUUGUUAAUGCUAGUGAUUAAUGCUAAUAUGUUCUUAAUUCGGUCACAGCCGUUAAGUAAUAUCAUUCUGAUCUCUAGUACAGUAGUGCGUUUGGGAGAAUACUAUUUUAAAAGAAAGUACAAUUGCGCUUCAUAAAGUUACCAAUAAUAAGAAAGGAUCCUAAAAAUAUAACUAUGCAUCUGUGACGUCAGUAUACGUAAUGCUGUGUGUACAAAGUUAAGCUAAUGUUUAUCUAAGAGUAUAUUUAUAUUUUCAAGUAUAAUGUAUUUAAGUAUGCAUGUCUAAUUAUGUAAGCAUACAUUUAUGUAUAAAUGUAUUUAUGUAUGUAUGUAUGUAUGAAUGUAUAUGUAUGUAUGUAUGUAUGUUUGUUUGUUUGUUUGUUUGUAUGUAUGUAUGUAUGUAUGUAUGUAUGUAUGUAUGUAUGUAUGUAUGUAUGUAUGUAUGUAUGUAUGUAUGUAUGUAUGUAUGUAUGUAUGCAUGUAUGUAUGUACAUAGCAAAAUUAUAAAGAAUGAAUCAACAAGCACUUAAUAAAACUAUAAGAUAAGACAA